CUGUGUUAGUUUACAAGGGGAGGUUAUGGCGUCUCAGUAGUGUGUACGAAAGUAUGUUUAGUGAUUAGUACCGCGAUGCCUUUUUUUGACAGCGUUGUCUACAUUUGCAGACUUCGACAGUCUUACGUUUAGAAGACCAUAGAUGAGUUUCAAUAAUAAGAUGCCUUCUGGUCGAGACCUGACACCCUUUUCACCCUUGCCACCUAUACAAACUUUAAAGAAAAAAAUACGACCCAGUUCAGCCUCUGCGAACUUGCAAACACAUCCAAGUUACACCACUGGACUCUACGAUAAUGUAUUGCGGCCCUCAGCCACUUCAUCCCGUACAGCUGGACCACAUAUUUCCCAGGGGCAGAGACCGCAUACACAAGCGGGAGGGACCCGAGGGCGAUGGCAAGCCAAGGUAACGGAGACUAAGAAUAAAAAUGGAUUAUCUAAUGAAAAUAUUAAGAAUCCUCGCCGUCUUACACUGGGUACAGUUGAAGGAUUAUCAGAGCUGGAUAGCAUCAUACGACCAGGGCUUUCCCAAAUAAGUGUCUCUCAACAACUUAAAAACAAGGUAAGAUUAUGUGUGAUUUAAAAACAAAUUUUGACAUUAGCUACCACUGACCACUACCAGUAAAAAAUCAGUAGGCUUUCCAGCUCAGCUGCUUAAAUUAAUUUUUUUUUUUUUUAAAUGUUACUAAUUUUAUUUAAUUGUUUAUUAUAAUACAUAAAACACAGCUAUGUCUACAACUUACAAAUACAAUAAUAUAUAAGUCAACUUUUUACAAGUGUCAAAACUUUAGCCACCCCCCCCCACUUUUUUUUUGGGACCCUGCUAGGCCUUACGGCUACGGCUACGGCCUACUCAUUACUAAUACUAAUAAUACUAUCGUCAUUAAAUCAUUAAAUAUUUAAUUUAAUUCUUAGCUAGUUGUUAUUGUUACCAAAUUUCAAAUCCAAGUCUCAAAAAUAGUACAUAACGAAUUUAAAUCAUAGUGUUUUAAUGCACUAAUACUAUUAGUAUUAAUUAAAUAAUUUUGUUUGGAUGUGUCGUAUAAUCUCAAACUCAAAGCUUUACGUUUUCUAAGCUGUGUUGACAUGCUUGUGACCUGGUUUCAUGUGUUAAUGGUGGAUCGCUGUAGCAACGGCAUCAUUCAUUUACUUCCGUUUCUAAAAAUAGUUUAGCACAUGGUUUGAUUUGCCAAUACUAAUAAAUAAUCUAUUGCAAAGUAUGAUAAUGUUAUUUUUUAAAUGCCUGCUUCACCAUAACUUUUACCUCCUCAGCUUGUCGCGGGAGAUUGGUCGGAGGUUUGUUUUGUUUUUUUUUCUUUCCUCAAUUUCCUAUGUUUUUCCUUCUCAAAUUUUCAGAUCAGAUUUAUAAUUUAUAAGAUAAAUAUUUCAUUUUAUCAUUUUAUUUGAAUACCCAUCGGCAUCAAUCCUAUUCCAGUUACGCAUUUGCUAAUUUUAGUAUAAUAGGCCAGUCAUUUACUAUCUAUCUCAUAGUUAGAAAGGUCAGCUGUGCAGGACUAUAAAAAUGCCAAUUAAAAAAAAAAAUCUGAAUAAUAUAAUUUUGAUUUUCAUGUGAAUAACGUGAUCAUCUCCCACAACGAGGUGUGCUUCACACCUCAUGUAGGCUACCAAAUGCUUUUCAUCCCUUUAAUUUUCUUAAUUCCACUAGUUUGAGGCUACUUAGUUUCAUUUAUGCAAUUAUUAGAUAAUCAUGGAGUGAUACACAAACAAAUUAGGAAUAAUAUUAAAAUAAACAAUUAAAACACAGAAAAAUUGAGGCUUACAUUCGCAAGAUUUCAGGAAUUUGCAUUAAUUUUAGAUAGUAUAUAAAACUCAGUUAUUAUCAAACAAAUCUACCCAAAACAUAUAAUUUCUUUCAACAUUUAAUGAAAUCAGAAUCAAUUUUAAUCAAUCAAAUUUUUCUUGAUGGGCUUUUUUAAGACUUAAAUACAAGUUUAGGUCUUGUUAACUAAUAUUAAUUAUGAUGUCUCUCAGACACUUUUAUAACUUGAUAGGAGUGGUCAUCUUGGUAGUAUUCGGAAAUAUUCUUUAAAUGCAUUUGAGUUUUCAUGAAUAUGGGGUGGCAAAGCCAAGGACCCCCCCCCCUUUUCCGUGAUAAAUCAAUUAAAGGUUUAAAGAGAAGUCUUUGAGACAUUGAAGCAUGCCCCGAUGACGUCAUAUGUUAAUCUUUAUACAUAUACGUCAAAAAAUCAUCGUUGGCAUUUCAAUUAAAAUCUCUUACACCCCAAUACGUCAAAAAAUCAUCCUUUGCAUUUCAAUUAAAAUCUCUUACCCCCCCCCCCCCCCAACAACUCAUUAUUAAUCUCAUUCACGAGAACUAUUUUCAAAUAGAAAACACCAGUGAUCAGGUCAACAACGAUUGUAAUUAUCUGAAUUACCGUGAUCCCCAAGCGGCAUUAAUGGGAACUUUGCUUAACACGCAACAAUUUUUUUCCGAGCAGCAAUAGCUCUCUGAGCAGCAAUAGCUCUCUGAGCAGCAAUAGCUCUCUGAGCAGCAAUAGCUCUCUGAGCAGCAAUAACUCUCAAUCUGAUGGACAUAUGCAUGGAACGCUGUAGUAGCAACCUGCUGUGGCUGCAUCCAGCUCAUGAGAGGGAGGAACCCUGCUUUUGCGUCAAAAUUCGAUGAGUUCUGAAAUUGACUCAAGCAAGCUCUGCUUGAUUUGCAUUUUCCAUUUUGAUGUCAUCCCCCAUAUGAGGGUGUCACCAGUAGGGAUACCACCAACGCACCCACCAAGUGGCGCUACUGAUUGUAUUGUAGUUGCUCUAAGUCUAGGUUUUCAAACCUUUCUGGGUGGCUCGUGAUAUCUCGUGUGUCUGGCCUGGGUCGGGACGAUCACUGCUACAGAUAGAGAACCACAAGGCCAAGAGACCCGAAAGGGCCAAAAGACCCGAAAGGGCCAAGAGACCCGAAAGGGCCAAGAGACACGAAAGGGCCAAGAGACCCGAAAGGGCCAAGAGACCCGAAAGGGCCAAGAGACCCGCAAGGGUAGAAUUGGGAUCGACUGCCCCAGCAUUGCAGUACUUCUGGGGAACACUCCCCAAAAUAAGUUUUACAGAUGGGCUGUGAGUGAUAGUUUUAAAAGUUGUAAAGUGCAGCGCUGUUGUGUUGUUUCUAUCCAUUUACAUUGAAACGCACACAAGAUCAAGGGUAAUCACUCUUGCAAUCCCACAGGACAGAACCUUCACGAGGACUAAUCAUCUUUUAUUUAAUGAUCAGGUUUAUUUUUUUUUAAACCUGCAAGAGCACCCGCCUCUCUCUCGACCGCCAAUGUUUACCAUGACAACCAUGAACUAUUAAUUAAUUCGCUCAUCACGGUAUUGGACGCCCGUCCGUUUGUUUAAGAAGAUCUGGAUUUAUGUAUGGAUAAAGCAUGGGAGGUAAUUCACGCUCGACUGGCACAACACCAACACAAUGUAGCCGACAUUCGCUAAGGGUUAAAGUAUAGACCUGUUGUAAUGUUUAAAAAGUUUAUAUUAAUGUAUUCAAAAGUCAAAAUAAAAAUGAUCUGUCUGUGACCCGGUCUCACCAGUGUGGAUUCAUUCAACUGGAUCAUACUUUGAUUAGAAGGUUCGUCUCUAUAAAUAGCAUGAUUACAUUUUUUUUUUUUUUUUUUUUUUUUUUUGUUUUUUUUUUUUUUUUUUUUUUUUUUUUUUUUUUUUUUUUUUUUUUUUUUUUUUUUUUGUAAUUUGUUUCAAUCCUUUAAUUUUAAACUCCACUUGUACUUGUAUUUUUUCCCCUUCUCCAGAAAACAAUGAAAUUAAAACUUGUGCUGGAGUCAGUCUGUUUCUAACUGCUGGCAACUGUACACAACAACUCACCUUCCAUCCACACCAGCUUUGUGAUAGUAUAUAAUGGUUCUGUGGGAUGCACUUUUUUUAAAUUAAAAAUAAAUAUUUUUUUGGAACCGCUAUUAGUCACACAUUUAUAUAUUAGUGUUUGCUUGCGAGAACACGUGCGCAGUGGCGUACCGAGGGUGUUUGGCGCCCGGGGACAAGAUUUGCGCCCGGGGACAAGAUCCAUUUUGAAGCGCCCCUUUUUCUUUUUUUCAUCUCUCAAACCCAUUAUUUUCAUCAAUAAAAUAAUAUCAAAGCACAUUUUGGCGCCCCUAACUAGCUGGCGCCCGGGGACAUCUGUCCCCUCCUGCACCCUCGCUACGCCUCUGCACGUGUGUAAUUUUAUCUAGCUUUUCAAGAAAUUGUUCUUUGAAGGGAGCAAAAAAGUUUCCCUUAAAUAUAACCGCGUAGCAAAUUGUUAUUUAGGCUACCAUGUAGCAAAUUGUUAUUUAGGUUACCAUGUAGCAAAAUGUUAUUUACAGUGUUACGCCUUUAAUUAAAAUGCGAACUAGUUAAAUAUAAAGAGCCUAUAAGUAUAACUCCAUCGGACACAUCUUAGAUGCAGUCAUGAGUCAUUAUAGCUGUAAUGUAAAAUGCGUUUCCAUUCUUUAAAUUAUAUUUCCCCGAUGAAGUUGACGGAAGAAAAUUCCCCGGGGUUGUUUUCCCCAUUUCCAAUCCCGCUUAGUUUGGGCGACUACGAGCAGAAACAAACACAUCACGUCAUAACAUAAAUAACCGAGAUAAAAAAAAUGACGUAUUAAAUUGAGAUCCAUUACAAUAGUCCACUUUCUUCCCGUGCUUAUGUACUAUUAUAGCAGGCCCUAGAUCAUCUGAAGAGGAUCGCAGCUUUGGCAAUGGUAAGUGCCAUUUUUUUAUGAAUAAAAUCUACAGUCGUUAAAAAAUUAUUUUAAAAAAAAAUAAACACAUUUAGCUUGACGUAUAAAAAUAAGUUUUUAUCCAAUAUAUAUAAAAUGUCGAAGCAGUUUCCCGUAUGACGUGUUUAGUUUGAAACAACACAAAAGAACCAACACAUUUUUUUUUCUAAUGUUAAUAAUAAGUUAUUGCUUGUAGUUCGUCAUUUUCAGUCAUUGCGAAUUGUCACCAUUACUCCGAAAACAUGGCGAGUAAAAAUACGGCGGAGCAUUUAGCAGACGAUGAGCUGGUGUGGAACCUGGACAUUUUAGAGGACUCCCUUGUGAGUCGAUUAGCCUCAGAUGAUGCCAGUACACGGGAUAUCGACCCCGAACUGGAACAAAUUUUGUUCGAAAGAUCAAUUUCUCUCCUGGAAGCACCAAUAAAAUCUAUGGUCGAUGGCCGGAAGAAAAGAAAGAAACGGAGAAAGAGAAGCGAGGCGAAUGAGCAGGAGUUUCCAAACAACGAUCAAGACGAUGUUUCUUAUCAAGAUAUUGGGCUUUCCAAAAUGGUUCAGUGUGGCAGUGGCGGGAAUCUCGAGAACCGUUGGUUGAUACAACCAGACGACAGCAAGGCGACAAUUCCAGAAGAAGACGUGAGACCAGGAGAUGAACAUAAUCUCAGGACGUCAGGUGAAAAUGUUUCGUAUUUUGACAUCAGCUCAUCCACACCCAAUGUUGAGUCCAACCACAGCAGCCAAGACAGACCAAACGAUACCGGAACUUCACAAGCAUUAACCGUUGAUGGUGAUACCAAAGUAUCGAGACGGAAACCUCGAAGUAAAUCCAGCGAGAAAGAAAGGAGGUCACGCAGAACUCGUAGCAGAAAGCAGAGCAAAAGUCCCACUGUCCCACCUAGGAUAGCGUGCCACUGCAAGCAUGAGUUUCCCAAAAAGAAGAAGUUCAGAGACCAGGGAAUUCUGACGGACGUCUACGGAGAAACGGAGAAGAAAGGCUGGGUAUGACAUCACAUAUGUUCAUAAGUCACUUAACGCAUGUUAAUUGGUGCACUCAUCACAUAAGUCGAUAUCCAUAAAUGGCUUUUCACGCAGGGUAAAAUUGGUCAACAUAGACAUUUUUAUGUGUUCAAAUAAUGUCAACGUAACGAGUGGCCAAUCACUGAGUGUUAUUUAAUUCACUGCUUCACUGAUGUCUGAAUGGGAAGUUGAUUGACUACUUUGUAUUGGCUGAAAUCUUUUGCUAAACGUUUCACGAGCCGUUUGAUUACUGACGUUUAGCCGCAAACACGUGAUCAGUUGGCAGUCAUAACUGUCUAUCACUAUUUUAUGGGAUUUGCCCAUAUUCCUUGACCUUGACAGGCAUGCAUCUUAGUUACAUUUGCACAGCGACCUAAUUCGUCUAUCAUUAUCAACAGUGGUCAUUGAAGGUGUUGAAGUAAUGGACACAUUUAAUUUUGUUUAUAUUAAAAAAUGUCUUCUCAUGUCAUAAUUUGUUAACGUCGAAAUUUAAUGACCUCUUCGUUUCAAAACUGCAAGUCAUCCUAAUUUGAUAUAGAGGUCAGCCGAAUUCCUGAACCUUGGAUGUAAGUUGCGUUACCAAAACCUUUGAACUAUAUUGUCGUGUAAUUCAGUGCUCCUCAAACUUUUCCGACGGAUAAAUGAGAGUCGCAAUCAUUGCAGCGAAUUAUAAUUUAUUACUGUCAUUUGUUUUCGUAAGUAUUUUGUCGACAGAAAGUUGCACACCGGCAGAUAUAGGGGUCACUGCACACCGGCAGAUAUAGGGGUCACUGCUGUAGUUUUAUGACGACUCUCUUCGCUUCGCAUGUGAAAAGUUGUUAAUAUCACUAUGCAAAUGAUGUAAACUAUGUUAAUAUUUUGAUUUUAAACAAAAGACACGGAACGAAGAUUUAGAAGUACUUGAAGAUUGUUUCAGUUUUAUCGGUUAACGUUUUUUUAAAAAAAAUGUAAAAGCAAGAAUGAAAUCCUGAAAGUAAUGUGACACCACCCCCCCUUCCCAAACCAACGACCAAGAGACCACCUAUACGUCGUUGUUGACCGAGUUUAUGUAUUUCAGAUUCGAAAAUUAAGUCAGGGGCUGCAUGUAUUAUUCACUAACUCCUGGGUGCUCAGGAUAAAUCCUGUGUGAAUGCGGGCAUGAAAUAUGCAGGUUGGAGACUAACUUCAUUUCGGGUGAAUGCCCCUGCCCCAUGGGCACCCGCAGGUAGGGGCAAGUGGGGCACUUGCUCCCCCCUCUGGAUUGAUUGGAUAAAAAAUUUUUAGACAAAAAUAUACAAAAAAUUUAUUAAAGUAAAGAGAAAAUAACGAGAAAGUAACUAAGCUGAUGUCCUGUCCGUUCGUUCACCAUACAAAUACGCCACAGUAAAUUAAAACUACAUUGAAACAUUUCUAAAACAUUUUUGCCCCCCCCCUGGAAAGUUAAUCUAUUUUUUUGCCCCCCCCAAAAAUUACUAAAACAUUUUUGCCCCCCCCCUGGAAAGUUAAUCCAUUUUUUUGCCCCCCCCCCCCUAGAAAGUUUUCUGCGGGCGCCCAUGCCCUGCCCUGUAUGAAUGCAUUUAUCAAUUUGAUGACGACGUAGGCAGCCACAAUGUCUCACCAAUAUUUUAUGAUUAUUUAAUAUAUAGGAGAGCGAGAUCCCUUGAAACUCCACCAGACACUCAUAACGCACAUGGUGGAAUUCAUUGUCAACAGGCCUGGCUGAAGUAGUUAGGUUCAGUGCAUAUUCUACGUGGAUGCCCAUAGCCAUGUCUAUAUUAUGCCUUGUCCACGAAGACUAUGUAUCGGCGGAUCGUUCCUGGCAAUGGCUAGGCCCAAUAGUAUUUAUUAGUUAAAUCCUAGGAGACAAUAAUUUGCAUUAACAUAUGUCCAAGACUCUAUCAACUUUAUGCAAAAUACUUUGACCAUACUGCCAUUGAAGAGCAGACGUCAAUACUCUGGAGACCUCAUGGGUCAUUGGCCCUUUGAAUCUCCGGGAAUUAUGCACGCUUUUCACUUUGUUGUUCACUUAGCCAAGACGUCUUCUUCUUCUUCUAUAUUUUGAGGGCCCACGAUCAAUGAAUUGAUAUUUCUGGCUCCUAUGUUUCAGAGGGGUUCGCGAUGUAACUGUGCAUGGUUUUGAAGGGGAUACUUCACUGGUUGCAAGAGCGACUCAGCAAUGAUAUUAUGAACUGGGGGUUGGAAGACAGGAGGCAAUAGACACAAAUGUGUCAAGUGUAGUCGCCUCAACUGUUGGUUUUGGAAGCUUGUUCCAGUCCUUUAUUGUCUUUGGCCGGAAUGAGGAGCUGGAACUGCCUGUCGUGGACUUUGCACUAUGGACACUCGGACCCUGACUGUGCGUGUCUCAGCCCUGGUCAUUUUAUCACGCAUGAAAGUAAGAUAGGGAACCUUUGAGGGCGGGUGGGGGCUGGUAGGUGAAGGCAAGUGUUGGUCAGAUCGGCCAAAGAAUAAUCUAAUUAUUGCUAUCUGGCCCCGAUAGCCCGACAAUGUUUCCGAGAGCAUUUCCAGAGGACAGCUCAGUAACUAUUGAAUUCAUGUCUCACGAAGCAGUCGUUCACAAAAAUAUAAUCUUAACAAUCUGGUUUUAAAUGUCAAUUCCUACUUUUGAACUACAUGGAAGUUUUAGAAGGUCUUGUUCUAUUUAUAGCCUUCAUUCAUCAAUUUUAAUACUUGAUUCAAUCAUUGUAAUAGUGUUAAAUCACGCUUGCGUAACUGAAUGAAUGUUCAUUGCGUAACUGAAUGAAUGUUCAUUGCGUAACUGUAUGAAUGUUCAUUGCGUAACUGAAUGAAUGUUCAUUGCGUAACUGAAUGAAUGUUCAUUGCGUAACUGUAUGAAUGUUCAUUGCGUAACUGAAUGAAUGUUCAUUGCGUAACUGUAUGAAUGUUCAUUGCGUAACUGAAUGAAUGUUCAUUGCGUAACUGUAUGAAUGUUCAUUGCGUAACUGAAUGAAUGUUCAUUGCGUAACUGAAUGAAUGUUCAUUGCGUAACUGUAUGAAUGUUCAUUGCGUAACUGAAUGAAUGUUCAUUGCGUAACUGAAUGAAUGUUCAUUGCGUAACUGUAUGAAUGUUCAUUGCGUAACUGAAUGAAUGUUCAUUGCGUAACUGUAUGAAUGUUCAUUGCGUAACUGAAUGAAUGUUCAUUGCGUAACUGAAUGAAUGUUCAUUGCGUAACUGUAUGAAUGUUCAUUGCGUAACUGAAUGAAUGUUCAUUGCGUAACUGUAUGAAUGUUCAUUGCGUAACUGUAUGAAUGUUCAUUGCGUAACUGUAUGAAUGUUCAUUGCGUAACUGUAUGAAUGUUCAUUGCGUAACUGAAUGUUCAUGUAUCAUCAUUUUAUCCUAGUCCUCCGCUUUUCAUUUUGCUUUUUAAGAAUUAUUUUCACUUUACAUCUCAUGACGGCCAUGUUGUUAUGACAGUCUUAUGUGCUGGCUGUUAUUGUUUAAUUCUUUUAUUGGUAUCAUAUUGUGGAUAAAAUUAAUUUCUAGCUCAUUAUUGCCUUCUUUUGUUCUAUUGGUGUCAUGUUGUGGGUAAAAUUUCAACUGCAAAAUUGCCUUAAUUUCUAUUUGUGUCUUAAUAUCCUUAAAUAUCCUACUUAGAUUAUUGAAAAUAGAUUUACUCUUUUUCAAAGGUUAAAACAACUUUUUUUUUUUGCAGUGGCAGGAGUAGGCUGCAAAAUCUGGAUUUAAUUAUUGGCUUUAUUAAUAUUAUUUAAUAUAGUCCAUUAAUGUCAAGGGAAAGACAUAAUUAUAAUAUAAUCAGUCAUUUAAUUUAGUCGUGUUAUAUUAAGCUAUUGGAUCUUUAACAAAUUUAAUUUGCUGAGAUGCAGUAGGAUAGUCAUCAGAGUCAUGAUAGUCAUCAGAGUCAUGAUAGUCACCAGAGUCAUGAUAGUCAUCAGAGUCAUGAUCGUCAUCAGAGUCAUGAUAGUCAUCAGAGUCAUGAUAGUCAUCAUAGUCAUGAUAGUCAUGUUUUAAAAUUAUUUGCAGCAGGGAGUUGCAGAACUUGAAUUUUAAAAAACAACAACUUUUUUCUUAAAUCAAGGAUUAUUUUUGCUGCAGCAAUCCCAUUCCAUCUUUAUAACUGCUAAAAUUGCUACAAUAAUUUAUGCAUUAUAUGCUUCAACAACUUCCUAGAAUACUAUUCUGUAUAUCAAUAUUAUUUUUUGUAUGCUGCUUAUAGUAAAUAUAAGAUUAAAUAAGAUAAUAAAUGAAAAAUUAUCCUUGGAUAUUAUGGAUGAUGAUGAUCCAUGGACAAUGUUUCAUGCAGUGGGUUGCAGCAACGGUGGGUCAUUUCUUUAAUAAACAUGCUAGAAAAGUAUUUUGAUUUUUAACAAUAUUGAUUAUAUGUCUUAUAGAAGAAAAGAGUUUAUUGUGUGUUUUAAAAAAAAAAUGUAUUUUAUUAUGUUAAAGAGAUUUAAAAAAAAAAAAUUUAAUAAAUAUAUUCUUGUGUAAUUUAUUGGGUUAUUGAAUAAUUUUUAUGAGCAUAAUAAGAAAACAUUUCUUUAAAUGCGCUAUCAAUGGUAUUUAAUUUUAAAAUUUUACAAGCAGAUUAUUUAAAAUGAAUUUCAGAAAAUGGUCGAAUUUUCUCAUGAACACAAAACCUUUGUUUAUAUGCUGCUCUUACUCAUAAAAAAUCAAAUUUUUUGUCCAGAUCGAAGAAAAGAUAAAUAUUGAUACUCUGGAAGAACUCAAAAAAGCAUUUGCAUCAGCUGAUGUGAAUAGGACCGGAAGUUUAGAUCUGGAUGAGUUUAAGAGAUUACUGAAAGAACAAAUGAACCUUGGACCUAACAAGGUAAUCCAAAACACCCUUUGAAAAAUGUAAAAAGUACACUGCUCCCAUAAUUCGCCCUGUUACAGUUGUAAAUAAUUUUCUCAAAUGCUGAAAAAGAUAUCCUUAUUUCAAAGCAUAGACUUAACAAUAUAAAUUUAAAACGAAAGAAAUUUUCAUCAACUACAAGUUAUGCUUUAUAAAUAAAUUUUAUAUCUACAAAUCAGGAUGCUCAAAUCGAUUCACUUUUCAUGAAAAUUGAUUGGUCGUCUGAAGGAACAAUAACUUGGGAUGAGUUCUGCACUUACAUGCAGCUUGAAUAUGCUGAAAAAGAGGAUUCAUACCUCCGAGCCAAAGAUGUUGCAUUUCAUCUUCCAGCCAAAAUUGAGAAUAUUCCCCACCGAGACCCCAUUUUGCGGAUUAAUGACACAGCUGAUGGGACGUUCAUUGCUUGCAGCCAGGAAGGGACUGUUACUUUCUGGUCUCCUGCAACAGAGUUAAAGAGAACUAGGAGUGUUGUGGUAAAUGAUACAGUGCUUUCUGAACUUUGAGUUUAAAAUUAAGAAAAAGAUUCUUUUUGAGAUAAUUGACAAAUGAGAUAUUUGAUUUACAAUGAUUUUUAACUUAAUUAAUUUGUCACAUUUACGUCCUUUCUUGUUAGAAUCAAGAGAUAAUGAGCAACAGAACCAAAGCUAAAUGGAUAACAGAUUUUUGUCUGAUGCCUCAUUUUAACAAAUUGAUUGUUGGGACUGGGUGAGUUAAUUGCAACUAUUUUUAAUAUUUGACCCCUAUUUCAUUGCAAUAAACUUUUAAAAAAGUAAGUUUUAAUCAAAAUUUAUAUUAAUUUAUGACAAUAUUAAAAUAAAUAUAAAAUGUGUUUAAAAGAUCACUAUGACUCAGUUCUAUGCAUAGAAAUUCUAAAUAAUAGAAAUAUUGUUGAAAUUCAACAAAUGAUCCAUUGUUAAUAUUAUCAUAUUUAUCUGUUCUACAGGGAUAGAGAAAUUCAGUUUUUUGAAUUGUCAUCCUUUGAUCCAUAUUGUCAAAUUAGUGGAUUGGAAACUGUGCCUCUUAAAUUAGAUUACAGGUUUGUCUUAAGUAUUUAUAUUUUCAAACAGCAAUUGAGUUACGUUGUCAAACAAAACCAAUUUAGAAAUAAUAAAAAGUUGCACAAAUGCCCUUUGCCUGUUUCAGCUAAUGAAAAAUACUAUGCCACAUGUUUAAUUCAUUAUGAUAAUAACUGACAUUUUUACUCGUAAUUACAGUAACUUGUUUAGUUAAUUUUUUUCAAUCAACUGAUUUAAACAUCACUUGAUUUAUAUGACCAAUAAUUAUUUUAAGAUAAAAUGAUAUUUAGUAGCAACUUUUCUAAUUAAGAAUUUACAUUUUUUUGAAAUGAGAGUGAUGCUAUCAAACAUCUCAUGAAAAUUGAUGUACAAAUAUACAGAUACCGGUAUACAAAUAUACAAUUUUAAUUUCAGUUCCACAGGGCAUGAUGAAUGUCUCAUUCUUUUCGGAGACAACAUGGGCUGCAUCAACAUUUUUGUUAUUAAAUCCGCAGGGGAAUGCCUCAGGUAUGUUUGAUUUCAUUGGCUUAAAACUCGUAUUGAAAAAUUAGUUUUAUGACCCACUUUAUCAAGAAACUGAGAUUUACAAUUUAGGAAUCAAAUUAAUGAUUUACCUUACUAUAUUUGAUCAGGGAUUUACAAUUUUGCUAAAUUUAUUCAUUUCUUCUCACUGCAGAACAUGGAAAAAGAUGAUAACACCGGAUGGUUUUAUAGCCACAACUACUUUAGAUGCAGUGGUCAAUGGUAGCAAUGUUAACUUCAUUCGUUGGCAGGUUCAUGAUGAUUGGGUUGGCCAGGUAAUAUAUUUUAUUGCACUACAACCAAAAAGAUUUCAUCCAUGUUUAAUGUUCUCUACAAACACAAAUGUAAAGUCCUUUUAAAGUGUAUCAAAUAAUUUUUUUUAAAUGUCUUUUUUAAGCUCAAAUACUACCACGAUAUUGGCCAAGUUAUUUCUUGUUCAAAUAACUCAAAUACAGCCCUUGUUAUUGGUGGGUAUUUUGUAAUAUGUCUUAAAGUUUCAUGCCUUUCAUCUAGAUACAAGUAUUUUGUAUUAAGUACUAGCUAACAUUAUCCGUCAUAAUCACUAUUUAAACAGUGAAGAAUUUGCCAAAACUAUAUUUAAAUUUGAUUAUUAAAGUAUGACUACCACAAAAUAUCGAUAGUAAAAAAACCCAACUUAUUAGUUAGUAAAGAAACUGAUAUUGUUUUUUGUGCCUUUAAUUACUAUUUAAAACUCAUCAAUGAUUACCUCAUAUUACCAUAUUAGUAAUUGUUUCUACAUGAAUUCAAAUGAAUGCAGGAUCAACAAUAGGAAGCACACAUGUUGAGCAGCAGCUGAAAGAAAUCAAAGAUCUGUCUAGCACACAGGAAAAAUCACGCCAAAAGUAUGCCUACAACCAGGCCAAAAAGAGGCUGGAAGCAGAUGAGGUGGUUUUCAAAAUCUACAAAGGGGUCAAAGUAUUUGACUUUUCAAAGGCCAAAAAUAUCAUUGUAACAGGUGGUGAGUAAGAGUUAAUGCGAAUAAUAUCAUUGUAACAGGUGGUAAGUAAGAGUUAAUGCGAAUAAUAUCAUUGUAACAGGUGGUAAGUAAGAGUUAAUGCAAAAUUUGUCAUAUGUCCAGUUAAUUUCAAUUUUUUAUGUGGUCAUUUAUUAAAUAAUGACUUAUAUGGGAAUACAUUUCUCUUAUCACCUGGAUCUGGGAGUCUUUUGAAAGUUUUUGAUUGUGAAUUGGUGAGAGGUUUUGUUAGGUCGUGUUGUGACUGGUUGGGUGGGGGGGGGUGGUGGUAUCCAAGGUUAGUUCCUGGAGUUCUUUUGUUGUCAGUAUAAUGAGUGAAUGGGAAUACAUUUCUCUUAUCACCUGGAUCUGGGAGUCUUUUGAAAGUUUUUGAUUGUGAAUUGGUGAGAGGUUUUGUUAGGUCGUGUUGUGACUGGUUGGGUGGGGGGGGGGGUGGUGGUAUCCAAGGUUAGUUCCUGGAGUUCUUUUGUUGUCAGUAUAAUGAGUGAUCAUUGUAGUGAGAAGGUAUAAGCUAGUUAGUCAGUGUAGUCAGUGUCGAUAAGAGAUGUCUGAGCAAUCAUUGUAGUGAGAAGGUACAUGUUAGAUGGUCAGUAGAGAUGAUAUUGGUCUGAGGACAAGAGGUGGUCUCAGGAAGAACUUUGUAGAGAAAUUUUUGUACACUGCCAGUUACAAUAAUUGCUACAAUAGUUAAGAACCAUCAUUACUUUCAUUUAAUGUUGGUUAUUGAUCUUAAAUGUGAAAGAAGCAUGGCUUUAUGUGUGUCUAUUAAAGUAAGAUAAUUGUGCCAAAAAUGAAAACAAUUACUUAGAUUUGACAUACGAAACAUUCUUUCAAUGAAGAAGCUCAUAACAUAUUGAAGCAAAGAACUUUAAAAAGAAAUAAGAUCAUCAAUUACACGGAUUGUAUUUGUAUAAAACGAUCUCAUAUAACCAUUUUACUUUAGGGUCGAUUUAUAACUUUAUUCUGGAAGAAUUUCUGUGUAAUGAUAAUUAUCUUUUUAAUCUGGUUCUUUUAAAUAUAAUAAAUGGAUAUUUCUUUGUCUAAAUUUUUUCUAAAGGUAUGGAUCGAAUUAUCAGGUUGUGGAAUCCAUAUGUCUGUUUGUGAGUUAAAUUUUCUUUUCUUCCCUUUGUUAACACUAGAAUUAGUCAUUUUCCUUAGCUCUGUUUAGGUGCAUUAAAAUAUUUUUGUCAUUUUAUUAUUUUAAAAAGUCUUUUUUCCUUUAGUAAAAAAAGAUUUUAUUAAAAUCUCUCAUUUAAAAUGCGGAGAUCUUAAUUGGGUAUCAAGAUUCACCAAAAAGUUUAUUUUAACAUAAUAUUAAUUUUUCUCCCCAAGCAAUAGUUAAAAAUUAAAUUUAUGUUAAAAAUAUUAUUUUUGUACCUUACCAAUAUUUUUUAGAAAACCAACAGCUAUGCUUCGUGGACAUGCUGCUCCAAUCUUCUACUUGUUCAUAGCGGAUGAAGAUAACAGAAUCUUUAGUAUAUCAACUGACCGGUGCAUUAAGGUAUGUUAAGUAUUUACUUUUAAAAUUCAAUUUACGUAACGCUAUAUGACAUGUUCUAAAUGCUGCAUGACAUGUUCUAAAUGCUAUAUGAGAUGUUCUAAAUGUUACACCUAAAUAUGUUGUAGGCACAAUGAGAAGAUUUAGAGGAUUAAGCUACUGAAUUUUCUUAAUUUUUUCCUAGUCAAAAUCUUUUUAUAAAAUUCAAUUUCUUAUACUAGAAAAUUUUUUAUAAUCUGUGAAAAUAUUUAUACUAAAAAAAUAAAUGCUCGUAAAUGGAAGGAGAUGACGUUUUAAAGCUUGUGUUCAUUUGCUAAUUUUGACAAAUACAAAUUUAUAUUUUACAACAGGUGUGGGAUAUUCAAGACCAUACCUGUUUACUGACCAUCCGGCCUAAAAGUCACAAAAUUCGUGGAGACCUACAAGCCAUUCAUUACUCCAGUAUUUCUAGAUCUUUAGCUGUGGCCACUGAUCAAAUGGCUGUCUUAAAUCUUAAACAUAAGUGAGUGCUCUUUGACACUAUAUAAAUGUAAACAUGGUGAGCUAUACUUUAUAUAUCUCAGGAUGCUUGCAAAAUAUUGAGCAGUGGGAGCAAGAAAAAUAUUUUUGGGGGAAGGUAGAAGGUGAUAGUUUGUGGAUAUUUUGAGAGGGGUGAGUGGCACAGAAGGCAGUUAGAUGAAGAUACAAAAUUUUAAAAAAUGUAAGUCUUUUUAGCAGGGCGGGUGGAAUAAAAAAUGACAGGAUCUCUCAGUAUUGAUGUGUUCAUAUUAUCUCUCAGCAUUGAUAUGUGUAGAUAUUAUCUCUCAGUAUUGAUAUGUGUUCAUAUUAUCUCUCAAUAUUGAUAUGUGUUCAUAUUAUCUCUCAGUAUUGAUAUGUGUUCAUAUUAUCUCUCAAUAUUGAUAUGUGGUGUUCAUAUUAUCUCUCAGUAUUGAUAUGUGUUCAUAGUAUCUCUCGAUAUUGAUAUGUGUUCAUAUUAUCUCUCAGUAUUGAUAUGUGUUCAUAUUAUCUCUCAGUAUUAAUAAAUGUUCAUAUUAUGUUUAAGUAAGGAUUUUUUGUUGAUAUUUUAAAAUCAUGAAAUAAUUACCUGUUUUCAAAUAAAAAUCUAAUCCAUGUAUUCAGACCUGUUUACCCUCAAACUCUUAAAAUCGUACAAUAUCAUCACAAUUUCAUUUAAUACGUUAUAUUCAUAGUAAAAAAACAUACAGUAUAUACAAUCUAUACACCUCAAAAUCGUACAUUGUACGCCAAAAUCGUAAGAGUAAACAGGUCUGAUGUAUUAUGUCAACCACUAACUUUUGUUUUGGGAAAGCGCAAAAAUGCUAUGUCAACAUAAAAUGCUAUGUCAACAUAAAAUGCUAUGUCAACAUAAAAUGCUAUGUCAACAUAAAAUGCUAUCUGUUAAUCUUGUUCCAUAAAUUAUGAAUAAUAGAACACGCAUUUACAAACUAAACUUUUAAGUCAAAAUCCUUAAAAUUAUUUUACUGCUUAAAAAGAAAUGUGUUCAUACUAAUACAAUUAUGCUAUUAUCCCGUCAAGGGAAUGCUACCUGCAUUAUAUGCUUUAUGCUCAGAUACUCUCUGCACACUAGGUCACAAAAUGCAAAUUGGUAAAGUAGAUUUCAGGCAUCAUUACAUAUUGCUUAAUGCAAUAAUUGCUUUCAUACUCACAUAAUUUAAAACUUAAGUUUAAGUAGCAUUUUUUUAACCUAAAUUUCUGGUGGUAAAAUAUGGUCAUUAAUAACCACACAAAAAAAGACAAAGAACAUAUUAUCCAAUGAGUCUAUAUUCUUAAUCAUUAUCGCACUGAUCUCUGCCAGUGCAUAUGAGAGGCUGCUCUGCCAGUGCAUAUGAGAGGCUGCUCUGACAGUGCAUAUGAGAGGCUGCUCUGACAGUGCAUAUGAGAGGCUGCUCUGACAGUGCAUAUGAGAGGCUGCUCUGACAGUGCAUAUGAGAGGCUGCUCUGCCAGUGCAUAUGAGAGGCUGCUCUGCCAGUGCAUAUGAGAGGCUGCUCUGACAGUGCAUAUGAGAGGCUGCUCUGCCAGUGCAUAUGAGAGGCUGCUCUGACAGUGCAUAUGAGAGGCUGCUCUGGCAGUGCAUAUGAGAGGCUGCAUAAUUUAUUACAAAGAAAUUCAGCAUUUUUUUCUAAUAUACACAAAUAGAUUUAAAAAAGAAAACAUUAUUAUUUAUUUGGUUUCAUCCAAAGGUCCCUGCUGAAUGCAGACAUGGUAGUGACCCAUAAAGAUCCAGUCACAUGCUGCAAAUACAAUCCAGAGUUUAAACAAGUGAUUACCUGCUGCACUGGAUCUGUAAUUCUUUUUUUUUUUUGAUCUUUAAAUAUAAUUCCUUCAUUAACAAUAGAAGCUUUAUCCAUGAAUUAUAAUUUUUCCUAGAAUUUUUUAUUUUUUUUUAAAUGAUUCUGAUAAACCAUAAAAAAUGUGCCAUUUUUUUUAGGUGGUUCCAUUAGUGUUGGUUUUUACGAAUAUAAAUAUAUUGUUUAAAAACUAUAGAAACUUUGUGUAUUAUUGAAUUCUUCUCCUUACUUUUUGUUAUAAUAUUUAUUUUAAUUUAAAUUGAAGGUGUAAGUACAUCAAAUAAGGCUUCAUCCUUAUGGAAAUAAAAAUAAAUAUUUUUACAUCAGAAAGUUUAAAUAAUGUUAUAAUAAUAAUCUGAUUUGGUUUGAUGACACAUCCUCUUUCGUCCUGUUCGUUUUUAAAAAAACAACAUCUUUAUUUGCUCUUUCACAGAUAAUCAAAUUAUGGGAUUUUGAAACAGGGGCCCCAAUCUUUGAAUAUGGGGAUGCUCAUGGAGAAGAGGCAAUCACAUGUAUGACCUUUGACAACACUAGAAGAAGGUUAGGGGUUAAUUUCAUUUCAUUACAUGUCCUUAUCAAUAUCUGUUAAUAUUUUCUACACCUCUAUAAUUAUAUAAAUCAGUGAAAUCCCCCCAAAAAUGAUGACAAAGAAAUGAAUGUGUUAAAGUUUACCUCACAUCUAGAGUCGGCCAUAAGCACAAUAGUUAUUUAUCAGUUCCUAGAAAUGGUGAGAGUUAUUGGAACUGUUGUGGUCAUGACAGCUUUCUUAUGCUGCCAUUAAAAAAAACCCAAUAAGCUGGUUGUAUUAGAUGAUCAGACAGAAAACAUUUGCUAGCUCUAAUACUCUUUCUGGAUAGUUUCAUUGGUUAUCAAUGUUAAAAAAAACUGAUUGCAUUGAUAGUCACUAAUUGAUAACUCAAAUAGUUUGAUCACUAGUAGCUUCGAGCCUUUGGGGAUGAAGCGUGUUUUUGAAAUGAACUUUAUUAUUAUUAUUCAUUUAAAUAAUUGUUGUAAAUCUAGGCUUAAAUCUUUUUAUUUCUCUUACAUGAAAAGCUUAGAUGAACAGGUUUUUUUUUUUUGCUCAUAAAAUUGUGUAAGUAAAAUGUUUUAAAACUAUUAUAUAUUUAUUUUAGUUUAAAUUGUGAGUUAUAAAAUAUUUGAAAUAAUUUUUUAUACAGACUUAUAACUGGAGGUAGAGAUGGGGCUUUAAAAAUCUGGAAUUACAACAAUGGCCAUUGUCUUCGUGUGUUGAAGAAAAAGCCAAAGAAAAAUGCUGGUAAUUCAAAACAAAUGUCACUUAUGGCAUUCCUUGACUGUUAACUCAAUCAUAGUAAAAAACAUUCUUUUUAUUGCUCAUUUGAUUUUGUGCAUGUUAUAGCCUGUGUGUUGACCUAAUUUUGCUUCAAUGUAGAGCUGAAGUGUCCACCACUUAUCUCCCAUCCCCUUUUUGUUUUGUUUUCAUUGACAUCACCAAAUAAAUUUGUAGUGCAUUACCAUUACCCACUCCUCCCUUGAUUGGGAAAAGGUUGUUUACAUUCUAAUUUGUUUUGAAGAAUGCUAUUGGGUGAUGCAAUUUCUAAAACUUAUUUUCUGGGUUCUGACUACCUUCCUAUAAAUAAGCAGGUAGCUUUCCCAGUGGGGGAUAGAUUUGCUAGACUUCCUAAUUGUGAGACAUAUUAAUGAGACUUACCAGACUUAUUAGAUUUUACUCAUUAUGUGUGUUUAUAUAAUUAAACAAAUAUUGUUAGUAUCACUGGCUUUGGUAUUGUUUUUAUUUGUAUACUGGUUCUCAUUCCUUUGUUAUGUAUUGUUUAUCUAACAAGGCAAAUCUUAAAACAAAAUAAAUUGAUUAAAUUUGCAAAACCAUCAGAUGGUACUUAACAUUAUAAAAAAUAAAAAUUCAUCUACCCUGAUUAUUUAUUCAGUAUUUAUUAUUUUCAGAGGUACAUAAUAAUGAAAUAUGUGAUGUCACAUACAUUGAAAUGAAUAAAAACAGGUAUAUAUAAACUUAAUAAAGUUGAAUAAUUUAACUCUGUUUUACGUAUUUUAAAUAUUUUUAGUAUAGAUAUUUUAUGCUGAACAUUUACAAAUGAUUUCAUGUUUACAAUAAAUACUUAAUUAUGUAUAUUUAUAAAAUUGCAGAUUGGUCAUAGCAGUCGGAUGGGACAAACGAAUCAACAUAUAUUAUGACACUGUCAAUGACAAUAAUAUACAUCAUACUCAGCAUCCAGCACUUUACUGGAAUGAUGACCUUGUGAGCAGAUUCUUUACAUUUUUGCAGUACAUAUUUAAAAAUACUAUUAAAACAUAUAAGUAUUAUAAAAUUAUUAUUUUUUAAAAAGAAACAAUAAAGCUAAAGUCAAGGUGAACUUUAUUUAUAAGACUCAAACCUGCAUUAUAAAUUGUCCCAAUCAGUGGCGUAGCUAGGGUCGGUGUCACCCGGUGCGGUCCGCACCCCCCGCACCCCCCCAGCUACGACACUGGUCCCAAUGACCUUGAAGUAAUUUUUUUUUUUUUUUUUUUUACAGAAAAAUGGCCACAAGGAAGAUGUCGGUACUGGUCUCAUUUUCCUUGAAGUAAUUUUUUUUUUUUUUUUUUUACAGAAAAAUGGCCACAAGGAAGAUGUUCUCUGUGUGGCCAACUGUUUACCCAAUCUUUUGGCAACUGGAAGCUACGAUGGAGAGGUCAUUGUUUGGAAUUUGGUGUCAGGUCACAUUUUCUGUCACCUCAAUCCGCCACCUCCACCAGGUUAUGAAGAUCAAUCACGUGAGUGCACAUUUAAUUAUAUACUCCUAUGAUAUUGACAAAUUUAUUGAAUUGCUAAGACUCUUCAGUUUGUGAAAAACCUCUGUAACGUGCAUGAAAGAAAACAAAAAAAUAUUCAAUCAAAAUGCAAAGUGUCAUGGGAUUUUAAUGUGAUUUUUUUUUUUUUUUUAGUUGACGGAGAUCUCAGUAUUGCCAAGUUAAUUUUUCUCCAGACAAGAGCAUACAAGAAAGAUGCAGGUGCUUUGGUGGUCAGUGGGCCAAAAACCUCUGUAACGUGCAUGAAAGAAAACAAAAAAAUAUUCAAUCAAAAUGCAAAGUGUCAUGGGAUUUUAAUGUGAUUUUUUUUUUUUUUUUUAGUUGACGGAGAUCUCAGUAUUGCCAAGUUAAUUUUUCUCCAGACAAGAGCAUACAAGAAAGAUGCAGGUGCUUUGGUGGUCAGUGGGCCUCGUGCUCACAUUCAUGUUUGGAAUGUCUUUCAAGGCGGAACGCUAAUGGCCCAGUUCCCAGGGGUUGGUAACUUUUUAACUUGUAAUUAUUUUAAAGAUUUAUUAAUGUUAUACAUAAUAAUUAACAUCGUGUAUUCUUGGGAAGGCUUAUAAAUUAAACUAUUGACCUUCAGUGCAACAUUAUCUUCAGACUAAUUGUUAGAGUGUGUGAGUGCAAUAAAGCUUUAAAAUAGAUUAAUAAGUCAUGAACAAUUUCAUGAUGGCUUGUGAUACAACAGCAAAAUGUGAUACUGAAGGGUUCAAUAAAAGAAAAAUGAUGGGAAAAUACACACAUGAUUUUAUUUUUCCUUUCCUUAGUAAAGUGGUUCUCAGAGUGUGCUGCGGCUUCCUCACUGGGAUGCCAUAAAAUAUUUAGCAGAGUUCUUGUUAGAAUUUGAAAUAACACAUGCAUGGGAAAGCCUGGAUUUAGCAGGGAAUAGAAAAGUUUGGGAAUCAGAUGAAAACAAUGGAAAAUAAUGUAUUUUUUUGUUGCAAAAACAAUGAACUCUUUUUGCUUAGUUUUUCUUGUAAAUUGCAGUCAAAAAUGAAAGGUGCAAUGGUAUCACAGCUGGUUUCCAACAGCAACAACACAACAGUUUAUUCAAGUGAUACUGUUGGCUUCAUAUAUGUCUGGAAUUUUGCUGACUACUGCCUGACACGACCAGCCAAUGAGCCCCCUGAGUGUAAGUUAAAAAAUGCAUCUUUUUUCUUUUCGUCUUUUUUUCUCAAAAACCUUUUCUUAUUUAUUUACUUAAUUUAAUUUCAUUUAAAGUACAAUUAAAUGUUCAAAAUAUUUCCAAGUAUUAGUGAUGAUUUUAUCAGUCAUAUUUUUAUUUUUAAUAUUGCCUAAGUGCUCUACAAGUGGCGUGGUCACGUCGAAAGUGUGGCCAGCAUGGAUCUAGUAGAAACAAGUAACAUUCUAAUCACAGCAUCCAGUGACUGCACUGUCCGAUUGUGGACAACGGAAGGACAUUAUGUUGGUAAGGUGAAAUGUGAAUACCAUUCAGAAGUUUUCUUUAGCAUUUGAAUAAACUAAUAAUUUCUUUAAAGCUUGUAAUUGAUGUUUUUUUAUUGGCAGUCAACUUGUAAGUUGUGCAUUAAAUUAAGUGAACAUUGUGGUGGCCAUGGUAACCUAAUUCAAGGAACUUAAGAGCAAAGCAAAGCUCUUCUCCCCUUGUGCAACUGUAUGCAAAAUCUCUAAAUGUGAGACUUCUUGCUUGUGUAUAUAACUUAUGGGCGGCCCUAUGAUAAUACUUUUAUAAAACAGAUAUGUACAUGUUAAUGAUUUUAAAAGUCAUAUAUUUAAUGUUAUCCAGUCUGAGUUGGAACUCUUUGGCAGUGAUGUUCUACUGAGAUAUAUUUUAUCAUUAUUAGGCUCUUGAUUCAGUACUGGCAUAGCACUGAUACUUAAUCUGAAGACCAUUCAACAUGUGGUUUCAUUUAUAUUAGUAGAAAAAAUUUUUAAUCCAUGAAAAUGUGCACCUCCUCCUCAAGGAACUCUUGGCCAACCAGAGUUAUGGGACCUUCACAACCCAGCCACUUUUCAGUACCCGAUGGUGCCUUAUGAUGUACUCAUUGACCCAUUGAGCCUGCCAUCCCAUCCCAUCCUGUUAGAGAAGCAGUCCACUCAUGACAUCAUUCAUCAAGGAGAAGGGGAGGAUAAGGUACAUUAAGUAUUUCUAAUAAACUUUGAACUCUAAUACAUAAGGUACAUUAAUGAUUCUAAUGAACUCUAAUACAAUUACUAUUGGCCUUACUUUAGGAAAUAUUCUAACCAAUAAAUUUUUUUUAUUUUAAUUCUCUUUGUCUCAGUUUUUAAAUCAAAUUGAGGAAGAGGAAAAAUUGAAAUCUUUAAAAAAAAAAAGAUAGAAAUACACCAUCCAGGGUGCUGGGUGGCCGAGCGGUCUAAACUCUCUCAAACCAAACAGCUGGUUGUCUGGAGUUCAAUCCCCACCAAAGCCAACAUCCCAAGCACCCCGGGUGGAAGGGACUCGCUAGCCUUGGACGGCAACCCAUCUAAGAGAAGGCAAACUCUGAAUUUAAACCAGGAGCCAGAAUGAUCAACUAAUUGAUCGUGGGCCCCUCAAAAAUAAGAAAAAAAAAAGAAGAAAAAAUAAUAAAAUAUUGUGCCUGGUUUUUCACCUUUUAGUUCAGGCUAUAAAUAUCUAAAGUUUGAAGGGUGAAAUUAAAAAGUACAAUUGUAAAAUUCUUUUAUUACACAAUGGCUUUACAAAUUCAACGAGUAAAUUUUAACGCGGAUCCUAAUUGUGGGCUUCUUUACAUCAGAGCCUGCGCAGUGCAUCACCUCAAGUUGCCUUCAGCAGCAAACAAACUUAUGUUGUGGAUGAUGAUAUGAUCAAGGCCAUGCUGCAAGACAGACCUUUUGAUAGGGGAACAGGCAAGAGGUGAGCACAAUAAUAACUAAUAAAAAAAAAUACAUAGUUUUUUACAUUUUCGCCACAGAUAUUUUUGUAAAGGAUAAUAAAGCUAACAAAAAACAUUAGCCUCCCUAAGGUACAUUACGAUCAAAGAGGGUUUCACAUGUGUUGGUUGAAAUGUGAUCUGUGAUAUUGUGUGUCGUAGAUGCCACUUCUGUUAUGUAGGCAAAACUGGUAGAAGAUUAUCAGAUAGGUUCACUGAACAUCUUGGUGAUAUUGAACAGGGUAAACUUUCACCUGGUCUCAUCCCAUUUUAACGGAGAUAAACAAAUAGGGACAUUACAUGUUUCCAUUAUGGCACUGAUUUCCUGUACCAACACAACAGAGAAAGAUGUUAGAAAGGAAAAGAAAUUAAUUCAGCUUUUUGGCACAUAUCACCAUAAGGAAUUAAUUAAAUACUCUCCUCCUAAUGAUCCUCAAAUUCCCUGUAUUUCUUUUCUUAUAUUUAUUUAUCUCCAAAAUAUUUUUGUCAGUUAAGAUUUUUUUUUUUACGGUAAUAAUACAUAAAUUCUUUUACUUCCUGUAAUCUUGGUUUUGGAAAAUCCAACUUCCGGCCAUAACAAUGGAAAUAACCUUGAGAGUUUAUUUUUUUUAAAUUCAAAAAACAUAUACCUAUACAUUUUGUACCAGUAAAUACACUGAAAUAACACUUAACCUUAUUUUGGAUUCAAUGCAAGAUAUGUGUGCUAUAAAAAUCUAUGAAUGAUAGAUAUCAUUUUAGCUAUGAAGAUAAUAAAGUACACAUAUAUAGAAUCCUUUGCCACAUAACAUUUCUUGUGAACAGUGACAGAGAAGGAAAUGAAAACUCCUUUCAUCUUAAAUGUUUCUCUAUCCUAGAUUUAUAGGCUACCAUUUAGUAGUGCUUAGAAAGUAUGAUGAUAUUACCUAAUUCACUGAUUAUUUAAAGUUGGGUCAAACUUUUAAUGAAACAAUAUCUACUAUUUCAAAGUGCAGUGUGACUAUGUAUAUUAAUUAAAAACAUUAAAACCAAACAAUGGAUAGCCACCAAUUUUAACAUGGUCGUACCAUCUGACGUAGUCAUACCAUCUGGCUUGGUCAUACCAUCUGGCGUGGUCAUACCAUCUGGCGUGGUCAUACCAUAUGGUGUGGUCAUACCAUCUGACAUGGUCAUACCACCUGACAUGGUCAUACAACCUGACGUGGUCAUAUCACUUGACCUAAAAAUGUUUCCUAGAAUGUUUAGUCAAAAUCAAUCUAGAAGAAAAACUUUAAUUUUUAAAAUAAUUAAAUUUAGGCUACUAGCAUUGUGGCAAAUAUCAAUAGAUAAAUCAGACAACAAUCUGCUAUAAAUAGAUGACCAACCAUGCACUCUGGGUCCAUGCACAACCCACCUAUCAUUUCUUGGUCAGCUCACCAUCAGAUAUGAGAGAUACUCUCUACCUUAUCAAGGACGGGGUGACUAUGUUUGUAUUUACUGGUGUUGAUUGAAAAAAACGCAUUAAUCUUAAAAAUAAUCAAAUGUUUUACCCGAUUAAGCACUGGGUAACAUCAGCUCGUUUAUAAUAAAACUGAAAUAAAUUUGUAUCUUUUUGAUACUCAUUAAGACUGCGUCAUGAGAAACACAAGAAGAUACAAGAAGAAACAGGCGGCCCAAGUGUCUGGCAGAUGCUCAACUGCUACCAGAUUGCAGACGUUCCACAGAGAAAAGCCCCUGUCCUAAGGGUAAACAAAGACAACCCUUUUGACUACUACGAUGAUGAGAAGCCUACUGUUAAAUUUUCAUAAAAUCUACAUUGUCUUGGGGAAAAAAAGAUUUUGAUCUUAAAGAAUGAUUGUUGAAAAACUUAAAAUGAAGAGCCACUUGAAUUGUCUGUAUAUUUUUAUUUUAUUUGUAAAUGAUUUGUUAAAAUAUUGUGAAUUUUUUUUACUGCUGCUGUUGCAACAUAUUUCAUUCCAUUCUUAUUCAUUGUCACUGUGUUAACUUUAAGCACCAUUGACCCAAAUAUUUUUUUAAUGCUGUGAUUAUCAAAGAUGUGAUAUGUCUCAUUAAAACAUUGUGUUUCUGCAAGGGUAUUGAUUUACUAGUUAAAGCUUAUUUGUUGCAUAUAUUUCAUUUAAAAUCUAACAUAGCUUUAAUUUUGUAUAAGAAAAUUCUACUUCUCUUUCCACUUUCCAUGUAAUAUAAUUUAUGGGAUAUCUCCAAUGUGCCGCUUCGUGGCCCUAUACUCAUUAUUGUGGGGGGGGGGGGUUUGCUUUGGGGAGGGCACCAAGAGCUUGGUACUAGCUCGACGGCCCUCUGACACCCUUUCCCAAUGUACAAUAUCAUUUUAAAUAGGAUAUCUCCAAUGUGCCGCUUCGUGGCCCUAUACUCAUUAUUGUGGGGGGGGGGGGUUUGCUUUGGGGAGGGCACAAAGAGCUUGGUACUAGCUCGACGGCCCUCUGACACCAUUUCCAAAUGUACAAUAUCAUUUAAAAUAUCAUCUAUACCUGUUCAUUUAACAUUUUCUCAAGUUUUAAUGUAUUUUUGUUUGGUUUCCCAUUUCUUCACUCAACUAAUAUCUUGAAAUCUGAGUUAUCAAAUAUUUUUUUCUAUUGCCAGCAGUUUUGCUUAAAAUAAAAAAAAAAACCCAUCUUGCUUGUUGUCCUAUCCUGUGAGCUUCCACCACUGUAAACGGCCCACUUAUGUCUAUGACAUCAUGUUUUACAAGUCUGAUUAUAAAAUAACAGGAGAAAUGAGAACUAUGUGUUAAUUAAAUUAAUUAUUGUUGUAAACCAAUGAGAUCCAUUCAAUAUUUGGUAUGCAGUAAAAAAAAUGUUCCUAAAUCUGUCUUACAGUAACAAGUUACACUCUGUAAGUUCAGUUAGUUCAUCAACAGUAACUAGUUACACUCUGUAAGUUCAGUUAGUUCAUCUACAGUAACUAGUUACACUCUGUAAGUUUAGUUAGCUCAUCUUAUAUUUUCAAAUUUUUGUUUUUGCAUAUUUAUAAAGGUCAACUAUGUGUUUAACGAUUGUUAUGUUCCUACUUGUUUUAGAACCAUCAGUAUUUCAAUGUUUAAAUA